AUGGACCCGCAACUCCUUCUCUUUCGGCGACAAUAUCUCCAGCUAGUGGAGCCCGACUUCCUAGCAUGGCCACCGAAAGUCCUGCUCAAAGAUCCCCAUAUACAGUCAUGGGUAUACAAGAAGCUAUUCGAUGCAAAGCAUACCAUCCGGCUGCCACCAGAGCAAUACCAGAUCCGAGCCCUCAAGCCGCUACUAGCCAAGAUAGAACAGUCCAUCGAUGACGAAGAAGAAGAUGAGAUCUCAGACGAACUCAUGACCCAUUUCUCUACUCUCAUUGCCACCACUCUGCCUCCUGAAACCACAGCAGUGCAGCAAAAGACAUACGUAACCUUCAGCUGUCUCCCGCCUUCUGCAUCUACAUCAUUGGAUGAUAACGGUAAUGAGCCAACGGCCACACUUCUAGAACGCAGACACCUGAUCUCUGGCUCAAGAACGACUGGCUUUCGCACUUGGGAGGCGGCACUACAUCUUGGUUCGUACCUUAUGACCUCGGACGGACGGCCACUCGUGCAGGGCAGGAAUGUGCUGGAACUUGGAGCUGGGACUGGGUUCUUGUCUAUCCUCUGCGCCAAGCAUCUUCAAGCGAAGCACGUUACUACUACCGACGGUGACGAAGGCGUGGUAGAGUCUUUGCGAGAAAAUCUGUUCCUCAACGAUCUCGACGAUGAGUUGAAGGUACUGACGAGUAUACUGAGAUGGGGUCAAGGUCUACGAGGGACAUGGGUUGAAGAAGAUUGCGAGUCAUGGCCGUACGAUGUCGUUGUUGGCGCAGACAUUACAUACGACAAAGUGGCUAUCUCUGCACUCGUGGCAACUCUGCGAUCACUUUUCGACAUGCGUCCACAGCUGGAAGUCAUCAUCUCGGGUGCAGUACGGAACGCAGAAACGUUUGAGACGUUUCGACAUGCUUGCUUAGAGGACGUUGAGUUCCAACCCAAACCCAUGCGCGAGCAGAUUGCACUCUUCUAUGCUACUGCCGUUCCGCUGAAAAUUUUGAAGAUAUCUCGACCAGAUCCGAAUUGA